AUGGGCUCCGACAGCGUAUCAAUAUUAGAGGAGUGGGCAGUAGGCGAUAGGGGCUCUGCCCCCCAGGGGACUGGGAUCCCCUGGGGCCUUCUCCUCGACAGAAAACAGAUGCAGGAAUUGAGAAGUGAAAAUAAAGAAGAAAGCAAGGAAAUUAGUGAAAACGUAACCCAAGUUAAAACAAAGAAUAAAGGAGCAAACUACAGGAUGGAGACCUGUAAAAUUGAAUUUCGUUUACAUGAGGAUGACUGGGACACUUUUAUUGAAAGAAGGCAUAACGAACGAGUGUCUAAAAGGGUAAGGGAUCUGAGUUCUCGUCUUAGGAGUCGACCAAAACAUAGAUGGGAGAAAUAUAUCAGAUCUGAACUUGAAGAUUUGCGUUUAAUAGGGCUCAAUGGAGAGAGAUGUGUUGGCAAAGACUCCGCCAUCGGCAUCGUAUCUUUGGCUUUGUAA